ACACUCGAGUCUGAAGAACCGCAAUACCAGCAUCCAUUCAAGUAUAUAUAAUGAGAGCUCCGCUGCUUAUCUGAAGAGGGUCUUCGCCGACGAGAAGCUUUUCAAGGUUAGGAUUCGCCAGAGAAUCUCUGACAAAACCCCCAGGGUCGAGAUAUCUGCGCUCAACGCCCUCAUCCACCCGAAAGGUGCCGACAUCCACCCAGGCCCAGGCUCCAUAGAGAAGUAUAAAUACCUUCUUCGUUUUGAUCGGUCGGCCGUCAGCACUCUUGAUCUUUUCCAGCGGUUCAAAGCCCUUGGCAUUCUCCAGCAAACACCGGCUGAAGCACCCGGAUUCGUUCGGGGCAAGUUUUGACCGCCUGGACAAGGCUAAGAAGGAAGCGUUCGGACAACUUCAAUCCAUGUCUGCCGGUGUGAGCCAUAUAAACGGCGUUGCUGGCUACGGAAAGUCAACCCUGCUCGAGUGCAUCACCCUUGCCACGUUCUAUGGAGAGCUUGGCCCAGACGUCACGGUCAAGGAUGCAGAGCCAGGAGGCCGGAAGAUCCUCUACGUUGUGAAUAACAACGAUGGAUUGGAUACUUUUAUCUCUAACGUUGUGGAGAUGCAGCACGACCUAGGCCUUGGACACCCAAUUGAUGUCAUCCGUCUUUACUCGACGGACAGCCUGGUAGAGACCAUGGCUAAGAAGAGUAAAGCCAAACCUCCGCCCGACUCGUUCAAAGAAGAAGAUGCGAAAAAAGCCGUCGUGUCUAUUGACGAGGUGGACCAUUUCACCGCUGCGGUGCAGCUGGCGAAGCUCGAGCUCCAGAUGCACCAGGCUAGAUCCGACACGCGCGCUCAGAAGUCCAAGUGCCGCAACCUCCCCCUUGCCCAGGCCGCUUCCGAGUUCUAUUUGAAGAACAAGGACGGCUAUCCGGACAUCACGAAGGCCAUCGAAGCGACACGGGGAAGUACGAAGCCAUUAGCGCCAGAAGACAUGACCAAGUUCAGAACGGACGUGAAGGCACUGUACGCCGAUUUUCUCUGCCAGUUCAAAGGCCUGGUGUGCGCUACGCCAGUCGCGUGCAGCAAUCACACAUUUCGCUCAAUAUUCAAGCCUGAUCUUGUUCUUGUCGAUGAAGUUGGUCGCAUGGAGUUCGAGUAGCCGACGAUCUGGAAGUGGAUACUUGCCAGCAUCACACGUUGUCCAUGGCCAGGGUUGCGGUAGUCAGACAGCCCUGUUUGCCUUGUUGGUAAUCCAAGAUCACGGUAUUGGACUGAUCGGAGUUCAACCACAGGAACUGCAACUGUAACUUGUCGAGGCUGGUUUCUCCAACAG